GGGGGCGGCGGCGGCGGCGGCGGCGGCGGCGGCGGUCGUGCCUGCGGUCCGGGGAAGUGAAUGGUUUUACCCAGAGGGCCCUGCGCCUCCUUUCUCCGCUGGCACCGGCGCUGCUGCGCGCUCCUCCUCCCUGGCCAUGGCGUUCACGUUCGCGGCCUUCUGCUAUAUGCUGGCACUGCUGCUCACCGCGGCGCUGAUCUUCUUCGCCAUCUGGCACAUUAUAGCAUUUGAUGAACUGAAGACUGAUUACAAGAAUCCUAUAGACCAGUGUAAUACCCUGAAUCCUCUUGUACUUCCAGAGUACCUCAUCCAUGCGUUCUUCUGUGUCAUGUUUCUUUGUGCAGCAGAGUGGCUCACACUGGCUCUCAAUAUGCCUCUCUUGGCAUAUCAUGUUUGGAGGUAUAUGAGUAGACCGGUGAUGAGUGGACCAGGACUUUAUGACCCUACAACCAUCAUGAAUGCAGAUAUCCUAGCAUAUUGUCAGAAAGAAGGAUGGUGCAAAUUAGCUUUUUAUCUUUUAGCAUUUUUUUACUACCUAUACGGCAUGAUCUAUGUUUUGGUGAGCUCUUAGAACUACAUACAGAAGAAGUGGUCCAGUUAAGUGCAUGCAAAAAGCCACCAAAUGAAGGGAUUCUAUCCAGCAAGAUCCUGCUUCCAAGAGUAGCCUUUGGAAUCAGUUACUUUAAAAAAAUCAGUUACUUUAAAAAAAUGACUCCUUAUUUUUAAAAUGUUUCCACAUUUUUUUGCUUGUGGAAAGACUGUUUUCAUAUGUUAUACUCAGCUACAGAAUUUAAUGGAAUUACGUAUAAAUUAAUAUAAAAUGAUUACCUCUGGUGUUGACAGGUUUGAAUUUGCACUCCUUAAGGAACAGCCAUAAUCCCUUGAAUGAUUGCAUUAAUUGUUGACUGUCCUUAGUCCAUUGGAAGCUUUUGUUUAUAGGAAUUUGUUAUAGGGCUCAUUUUGGUUUUAUUGAAAUGCCAUCUAAUUAAAAAUUAGCUGUAGAUAAUCAGGUGCUUCUGAUGCACUGAAAAAAUAUGUAUCUGAAUUGUGGGAAAUUUCAUGGGUUUCCCCAUGUAUCAUGUAGAUGAAUUGUAUAUAUACAUAUAUACACAAAAAAAAGAGUGGGAUUUUUUUCCCUCUGACAUGAAUAUUAUCUCAGUAUAUUGCAUGAAUGAGAGAUUUCCCAUAUUCCCAUCAGAGUAAUAUAUCAGUACUUGUUUUAAUUCUUAAGUAGAAGUGAACAUGAAAUGAGUAUAUACUGAAUUUUCUGUGAAGAAUGCAUUUAAAAUUAUUUUAAAUGUGUAUUAUAUUUAAUGGUUCUAAUCUGGUGGUAAAGGUAUUCUUAAGAAUUUGCAAGUACUUUUAGAUUUUCAAAAACGAAUGAGAGAGAACUUUGUAUAACCAUCUUGCUGUUCCUUUAGUGCAAUACAAUAAAACUCUGAAAUUAAGAUUUUUUUUGUGCAUUGUUUUUAAAACAAAUAUCUGUUUCUUAAACUUGCUUAAUCCGUAAUAAAGGCAUUUUACUGUCAGUUUUUCAAAAAGACA